AUGGCCGCGAAGUCGGACGGGCGGCGGAAGAUGAAGAAGGGCGGCGAGGUGGCGUUCACACCGCUACAGAACUCCGAGCACUCGGGCUCCGUGCAGGCUCUGGCCCCGGGACUGCCCGCCGCCGCCGGGCCGGGUGGUGGCAGCGACGACGACGAGGCGCCCGGGGGCGGGUGCUGCAGCGGCGGCGGCGGGGACGGUUCGGGCGGCGGCUCCCGUUGCUGCUGCUGCUGCUGCUGCGGCGGCGGCAGAGGAGGAGACGGCGGCGGGGGCGGCGGCGGGGGCUCCAGGGGCUCGGGCGGGGGCUCGUCCUCCUUGUGCCUGCGGCUGGGCAGGGAGCAGCGGCGUUACUCGCUGUGGGACUGCCUCUGGAUCCUGGCCGCCCUGGCCGUGUACUUCGCGGACGUGGGCACUGACAUCUGGCUGGCGGUCGACUACUACCUGCGGGGCCAGCGCUGGUGGUUCGGCCUCACGCUCUUCUUCGUGCUGCUGGGCUCCCUUUCCGUACAGGUCUUUAGCUUCCGCUGGUUCGCGCACGACUUCAGCACCGAGGACAGCGCGGCCGCCGCCGCCGCCGCCGCCGCCGGGCACUGCCCGGCCGCCGAGAGUAAGCUGCUGGUGAGCAGCGGCUCGGCGGCCGCGGACAUCGACGCCGCUCGCCCCUGCACGCCGCAGCGGCAGGCGUCCACCGCCAGCAAGAGCAACGCCACCAACAGCAGUAGCAACGGCAGCAGCAACGCUGCCGGUACCGGCCCCGCCGGUCCCCAAGCCGGCAGGUCGGCGUCCUGCGCCUUCUGCAUCUGGCUCCUGCAGUCGCUGGUCCACGUCCUGCAGCUCGGGCAGGUCUGGAGGUAUUUCCACACGAUCUAUUUGGGCAUCCGGAGUCGACAGAGUGGAGAGAAUGACAGAUGGAGGUUUUAUUGGAAAAUGGUGUAUGAGUAUGCAGAUGUGAGUAUGCUGCAUUUGCUAGCCACCUUCCUGGAAAGUGCACCACAGCUGGUCCUGCAACUCUGUAUUGUCGUCCAGACUCGGACACUCCAGGCUCUCCAAGGUCUAACUGCUGCUGCAUCUCUCGUGUCCCUGGCUUGGGCUUUGGCUUCCUACCAGAAGGCUCUCCGUGACUCCCGCGAUGACAAGAAGCCCAUCAGUUACAUGGCUGUUAUCAUCCAGUUCUGUUGGCAUUUCUUCACCAUUGCAGCCAGGGUCAUUACUUUUGCUCUGUUUGCCUCGGUUUUUCAGCUGUACUUUGGGAUCUUCAUCGUGCUGCACUGGUGCAUCAUGACCUUCUGGAUCGUCCACUGCGAGACGGAGUUUUGCAUCACCAAAUGGGAGGAGAUCGUUUUCGACAUGGUGGUUGGGAUAAUCUAUAUCUUCAGCUGGUUCAACGUGAAGGAAGGCAGGACACGCUGCAGGCUUUUCAUUUAUUAUUUUGUGAUCCUUCUAGAGAACACUGCCUUGAGUGCUCUCUGGUACCUGUACAAGGCCCCCCCGAUCUCCGACGCGUUUGCCAUACCAGCACUGUGUGUAGUGUUCAGCAGCUUUUUAACAGGCAUUGUUUUUAUGCUGAUGUACUAUGCCUUCUUCCACCCCAACGGACCAAGGUUCGGGCAGUCGCCAAGCUGUGCUUGUGAGGACCCUGCAGCUGCCUUCACCCUGCCCCCCGAGGUGGCCACAAACACUCUGAGGUCCAUCUCCAACAACCGGAGUGUGACGAGCGAGCGGGAGCAGAAAUUCGCAGAGAGGGAUGGGUGCGUGCCGGUGUUCCAGGUGAGACCCACGGCGCCAUCCACGCCUUCCUCCCGCCCGCCAAGGAUUGAGGAGUCUGUCAUUAAAAUCGAUCUGUUCAGGAACAGGUACCCAGCUUGGGAGAGGCACGUGCUGGACAGGAGCCUGAGGAAGGCCAUCUUAGCGUUUGAAUGUUCCCCUGCUCCUCCACGGCUACAGUAUAAAGACGAUGCCCUGAUCCAGGAGCGCUUGGAGUACGAAACCACCUUGUAA